AUGUCCUUCAGCAGGUGCCGGGUGGCAAUCGAUUAUUUAUACACUAUCAAUUUGUCAGUGAUUGAUAGAGUUACAAGCAAUAACGACUUGGGCGUUCUUUUCACUGCUGAUCUUAACUUCCACCUUCACAUUUACUCCAUCUGCUGCCGAGCUCUCAAGUCACUUUUCUUCAUAAUGCACACCAUGAAAGAUUUCAAACUGUCUAGAUCUCUCAACACUGUCUAUUGCUCUUUAGUCCGAAGCUUACUAGAGUAUGCGUCUGUGCUCUGGGACCCACUUGUGGUCAUUGAUUCUUGCCACUUAGAACGAGUUCAAAGGCGCUUUUUUUCGUCCGCACCUUACAUGCUAAAAAUUGUCCAUCCUCCUCAUGACUAUACUCCAGUAUUGCACGCACUUAACCUUACAUCCUUAGCAGACAGACGCGUUAAACCUAACCUAGGCUUUUUGGGAAAGUUAAUCGAUGGUUCUAUAAAUGCUCCUUCACUACUAGCGCAAGUAAACUUUAAAGUUCCGCAUCAUGCCACAAGGUCUCGAGUUCCUUUUACUGUACCUUCAAAUUGCACCAAUUGCGGUAGAAACAAACCAAUUGACCGCAUGAUGGGUUUGGGUAAUGAGGACCCCACCUUUCUUAGUUCACCUUAA